AUGUCCGCCACAACAAAAGUCGCAGUCCACUCCCUCUCCGGUAACCUCUUCAUCCCCCCAAACUCACAUGCACAUGUCCUAACAACCCAACUACUAGACCUCAAAAACACAACCGACGAUGCGCUCCCCAAUUACCUCCACAGCCUCAAGUUCCGCCAGAUCCACAACCAAACCGACGUGCGCCUGAUCCUGGGCUACGUCGCCGUCAUCAUCGCCGGCGCACUAUUCUACUUCGACUGGAAGUUUGGCUGGGAGGCGUCGAAGCCGUACACCGCACCCGCGGUCGCUGCGUAUUUUGUUCUGAAUGGCGCGUUUAGCUACUGGCUGUGGUUUGUGGAGAAGGGGGUUGUGUAUGAGGGGGAGGGGAAGACGGGCAAGGUCCGCAUAGCAACACACACCAAAAAACACAUACCCAUCUACGAAGCCGACAUCACCUUCUCCUUGCCCUCCUCCUCGCUCUCCCAAACAAUCCAUAUCCGCGCGCCCAUGACCCGCUGGUUUACCGCCGACGGCUACUUCAUCGCCAAACCCUUCCAGCAGUGGCUUGCGUCAGAGGUGCCCGUGAUUGGCGCCGCGGACCCGAAUAAUGUUGUCGAGGAGAUUGGACGGGGGAGUGCGCAGGGCGGGGACUUUCAGGUUAAUGCGACGAAUGCGCAGGAGAUACUGGAGCAGUUGAAGGCGAGUGGGGCGAGUGUGUCGGGCGGGGCGCAGAGGAGGAGGUAAGGUUGGGAAGAGCGUGCGAUGUAUAGGCGUCUGGAGUGGUUGAUAUCCAGUGCCGUGGUUUCCUUAUAGCGGUAUUGCAUCACAGUGCUGAGAUUCCUGGCACAGCAGCACACUCGAAGCUUGCUCCAAAUCAUGCUGAAUUUCCGUCAUGCUACGUAUUCCAAUGCUAUGCAAAUAACGCCGUG